AUGGGCGCAACUCCAUCCCAAGACAACCCCCCACCACCCAGUUAUGACGAGCUCUAUAAGGUGCUCCUCAUAGGUGGGGAUCGAGUCGGCAAAACUUCCCUUCAAAGGCGCUUCCAACGUCACCCAUUCAACGAGGAUACAGCCCCCACAACGUCUGUCGACUAUGUCUUUGCAAAAAUUCCAUACAUCGUCGUCAACGAAGAAGGCGAAUGGAAGAAGAUCCAAAAGCCAGCGAUCAACACUCUGAUCUGGGACACAUGCGGCCAGCACCGCUACUGGCAGCUCGUACCCUCGUUUACGCGCGACGCGAAUGUUCUCGUUGUCAUCUACGACGUCACCUGGCGCGAGUCAAUGCAUGUGGCGCUCUGGCGGGUGGAGAGUCAUGCGCAAGAGACUGGUCUGUCCGUGCCUGUGAUCCUGGUAGGGUGUAAGGCGGAUUCGGAGAACCUGCGGGAGGUUUCUUUUGAGGACGGGAGUAAGGCUGCUGAGGAGCGGGGAUAUCAGUUCCUCGAGGUGAGCGCGAAAACGGGAUAUAAUGUUGAGAGAGUUUUUGGGAUGAUUGCUGCUGCGUGUACUGGGUCGUGCUGA